CGCGCACACGCGAUGAAAGCUGAAAAAGAUCGAUAUUUAGGUUUGCGCGUGCGAGCAAUUUUAGAAAACGCAGCUCUCUCCCAUUUCUUGUCCUCCCGCCGCUCGCUCACUGUACAUUCAACGUAAACCCAUCAACAGGCCCAGGCGAUAUAAUAAUAUAAUGUAGCUCCACACCACGCCGGGCUCGCCGCGCUGCUGUUGUUAGUUUUGUUCAUUCUUUACUGCGGAUGAUGCUUCACUCUGUCUGUUCUUCCUCACGGAGUAAGUAAUGAACGACUGAGGAGGAAACAAAGCUUUCGUGUUUAUUGUUAGCUGCAGCAACAGCAGCAGUAACAGAAGCAACAGCAGCAGCAGCAUCAGUAGCAGCAGCGUCGGCGGCGACGUCACGUAAGCUGUGGCGAUCUUCUUCAUGCUGAUUUCUCGUUGGGUGGGGACACCUCUUCGGCCCCCUCUUUUAGACUCAUCGAUCAGGGGAGGACGCAGUGCGGUUCAGUGUCUUAGUCUGUGAGUGUGUCUGUCUGUACGUCCGUGUGACGAAACUAAGAAAAUGAUCAGCUAGCCGCACUGCUCUGUGCUGGUGCUUGCUGUUCAGUGCCUUGUCUCUGACUUGUGCCUCGCCCCUUCAAGACGACCUCGACGAUUUCUUUAUUGUCGACAGUUGUGCUGCGAGUGGGAUUUUCUCUAAUACCGGUACCUGGAGAUGGCGUGUGCUUGGUGGAGAGCUGUCGCUCACAUCCUCAAAUAGGGAUUUAGGUUCCCUAAUGUCAGGCACCUUGUUACGAAGAUGCUAGUAUGAGAUUCGGCUGGUUUAUGUUUUCUUCUUAACGUGCUUUUUAAAAAAUAAUACUUUUUGAGCAAACAACGAGAUGGAUUCAUAACUAUCAUAUAGCUUUCUAAAUGUGAUCGUACACACAUCAUGUUAAUUCUACCACCAAGUUCUAACACCAGAAUGGAUACCACACAAGUGUGAAAGCUUCCCAAAAGUGACUGGCCGUAACCUUAUACUCCACCUUUCCAUCAGCGCUAUGGACGCCCCUCUUCAAUGAUCACGACGCCUUCCCCAAGUGGAUUGGGUAGCCUAUUCCCCAAUGUAGCAGUAUCGAAAACGCUGUUUGAGAGAGCCUUGAGAAAUGAUGAAGGGCUGCUCGAACAUAUUAGUCAGUGAAAAAGCACCUGCAAAAAUUAUUUGUUUAUUGUGAGAAUCAAAACACCUUCUAACAUCACGUUCCCCUCGGUACCCCAUUACCCAUUUUAAAAUAUCAUAAAAUUGUGGCAAUAUAAAAGUUCCAACUCAACAUAAUACUCUGCCUUUCGGUGCGUAGAAUGAAAAUUAUAUCAUUGUAAUACAUGUAAUACAAAUCAAUAUUCAGGCAUUCACUUUUCAUGCUAUUAAUACACCUCAGCUGCACUGUGUUGUCGCGAAAGCUAGAGUUCGAAAAUAACACGAUAUCCUUCGCUAGCUAAUGGAUAUGGCAUUAGAAUAACAAUAACAAGCAACAAGUUUUCGAUCCCAUCGCAGUAUCCUAACAUCCAGUCAAUAAGAAUGGAUACUGUAUCACUGUGGACCACCAAAAGUGUUCAAAAAGCUAACGUGUAAUCAUUUCCACAACAUUCCAUCUACAAGAGUGGAUACUGUACUGUGAUAGUGCGACAACCUAAAAGUGUUAAGACAUAACUUGUCAUCGGCGCCACGAUGAUCUGCUGCGGUACCAAUAGUCCGCUGCUGCUGCCGCCCCACGAGAAGAUGACCAACAGCGCCCACCUGGAGCUAAGCUUGGAGCAGGCGGACCUAGUCUACUACUCCGGUGACCGGAUACGUGGCGCUCUGGUAGUUCACGUGGCUGCCCCUGUCACCAUAGCGGGCGUGGAGCUUCGAUUUCGAGGCGCGGCGCGCGCGCGCUGGCGUGAGCUCGGCAAUGAAGGAACUAGGAAAACCGAAGUGGAACACGAGAAAGAAGAGAUCUAUUUCGACGACCGCUUCUGCCUUUGGGGGAAGGUUGCAGAUGAUGGUCGCUGGGAGAGCCGGGAAGUGCUGAAUCGAGGCCGACAUUUGUUCCCUUUCCAGUACAAACUGCCGGAAGGCAUUCCGUGUUCAUUCGAAGGUCCCGACGCCAGUAUACGCUACCAAGUCCACGGGGCCCUUGUGAGGGUCGCAGGUUCGAACAUCUCAACCAACAAGACAGUGACUGUCCUCAGAGACUUGGAUUGCAAACGAGACAGCGAGAAGAAGUCGCCAACAUCCCGCCACGUCCUGGAGGACCACGCCGAGCGUACGUUCAGCACUACCUGCUGCCGACCGUCCAGAGUGUCCUGCUCCCUGUGUGUGCUCAAGCGCUCCUACGUGCCUGGGGAGACGGUGCACGCCGACGUGCAGAUACACAACAUGACCAUGAGGAAGUCGGGGCCCUGCCGGCUACAGCUCAAGCAGCUGGUCACGUAUGGGGAGAGUUUCUGCCGGCCCAUCCUGCUGGAAGAGCUGGAAUUCCACGCCAGUGUCCGUGCUGGCCAGCGGCGUCAGUGGAAGGGCCUAACCCUCAACGUGCCCGCCACCUGCCCGUCCCGCCUCAGCAAAUGCAGGGUCAUCGACGUCAGAUACUGCGUGGCUAUUGAAUGCCAUUUCUCUGAUUCGGUUCUGUACGCCGCGGUGCCUAUAACAAUUGCCACACUGCCCGAGAGAGGCAUCAUGCCUGUACGGUGGUCAUAUCAAGAAUGCUCAACACUGAUCUCAGACGAUGACAUUGGAGGAGAAACGAACAGAAGUAUGAACGAUGACAACUUUAGACCAAAGUAUAAGUUUUAUGAUGAGCUGCGUGAUAUACGUAAGGACAAAUAUUUUGUGCUAAAACUUCGCCAAAGCCCAGGAGUGAAAAGACGACAGAUGGUCACAGAAGGUGGUGAAAGUAGGACCGAUUCUGAUGCCGUCAAUGAAUCAAAAGCAUAAACUAUUUUAUACUUAUUAUGGCAUUUAUGAUCACACCAUUUUUAGGCUUACAACAUAAUUUGUCUGUAAAUGAAACAAAGAAUGCAGAGCAAUUGUAUGUGAAAAUGUGUAUGUUAUCACUGUAUAAUUCCAUGUGGUUUCUUGUCUGGGAAGUCUGACAAACAUCUUACUAUGGAGCACAGCUCCAAACUUUGUGGGGGGAGGACGUUGUGUACUUAAGAUGCCAGGGCAGCUCUGGGCGUGUCUCUGAGCUGGAGAGGAGAAUUGUGUAUCGUCACUAUGAUUAUGAUGGACAUGUUGGAAAACAUAAUGCUGGUAAAAAAAACAACAAAGGAAAUAAAAGUAAGAUGAAGCAGUAUGCCUAAGACUUUCAACAACCUGCCAUGGUAAUUCGAUUAAGAAAGAUCAUUACUAUUUUCAUUGUUUAUUUCUUCUCAUUAUUAUCAACAUUACUGUCAUCAUCAUCAUCAUCCUUAUUUCUACAUGUUUUAAGACAGCAGUUUUGGAGUGUAUUUCUAGAGAAGUAAGAUACAAAAUACAACAGAGAAUGGUAUUAAAUUAACUGAGACAGUUUUAACAUACCGUAAUGAAUUUUGAGAUGCCCCAUUUUGUAGCCUGAUGCUUUUGAUUCAAAGUCAAAAAAGACAAGUACCAGCCAAGGUGUCCUCGUACAACCACAACCACCAGAGCAAGACCAACAAGCUCCUUACAGUACUUAUUUCAUUGUACCAAUUCAUUUCCUUAAUUAUAUCCACAGUCAGCUUGAUAGUCUAUUGAAAAUGUUAUUUGAUUUUGCUCUGCUUCUUCAUACGAGGAUAGUAAUCAUGGUGGGUACACUUAUCAUCAUAAGAACAAAUCAAAGCUAUGAAAGUCAAAAAAGUCUUUGGUGUAUAUAUUUUAAAGAAUAGUAUCACAAGGCUGACUGACUACUGUGUAUGAUCAACAUGUAAGCUACACAUGCACUGAUGUCUCGACUUAAUACAUUUGCGAAACUGAAGUGUUCAGGAAUAAAAGAUAAUUUCAACUUUU